AGAAAGCGCGGCUGGAAUACUAUAGUUUGAUAUUUUAAUCUAAUUUUUUAAACAAUUUUCAUAGUCGGGAAAAAUUAAAAGACUUGGAUUGAUAUUUUUAAUUUAUUUGGAUAAGAUAAUAAUAGUAGGAAAAUUAUUUCGUUUUUUUUUAUUCAGUUUAGUUUUUAUCUAUCAUGCCUGUUAAACUGAGGGAUUUAAGAAAUUGGUAUAAUCCAAAGCACCUUAAGUCCUUUUCGUCCCUUGAGUUUCAACCAAAACAAUGCAAGCUUGUACCACCGAAACCAGUGAAUUCUUUUUCUUCUCCAGUGAUUUUUAAUGAAAAACGAAAGCAGUCGAAGUUAGAUGCAACAUCGAGUACGCUAUCACAUUCUUUUUGUGAUAAGAAGAAUGACAUAUCUUGUGACUCCAAAGUUAACACAGGGUUGCGUAUAGCGCGUCAGAGCGAUUUGUCACUGAAAAGUCGUAAUCCGUUGAAUAGAAUCAUUGAAAAUGUAGAGAAGGUAUGUGAAACUCUGGAAAAAGAAAAUGACUCUAACGACUCAAGCCAAGUCAAAGCUCAAAUGAGUAGUCGAACGUCAAACAGUAAAGGAAAUGUAUCAAUUACCGGUAAUAAAGAUUCUUCGUUAGAAGGGAAAGUUGAAAGUCAUUCAGCACCAUCAAAUGGUCCUCAAAUGGAAAAAGAAUCAGAUCAUACUGCACCUUCUACCUCGUUAACGCAAGCAUUAUUAGGAAGCGUAUCGCUUGGCCCAACUAUCGUCAUUCGUUCGUUGACAUCGGAUCAAAAAGCAACGUGUCAACCAACUGUAAAUAGAACGUGGUGUAAACCUCCCACUCGUGAAAAAACAAAUCCUGAUUUCAAUAUAACACAUACCAGAACGAUGUUUCAAAGUUCUUUACAAUUUUCGACUGACGCCGAAAAUGCGCAAUUUCCUCGAGUGGAUGAAGUGGCUCAUUUCAAAAAUGAUAUUAAAACAUUUAAAGGAAAUCGUUAUUUCCAAGAUGUAAAGAAAACUUUGACGUAUGUGCCAACGGAAAGUAUUGCAAAGCUGAAUACCUUGUCUUCUUACGCUGUAGGAAAAAAGUUGUCCCCAAGGAGUAGGUUACCAACGCCUUACAAGCAAUUUUCGCCGAAAACGAGGAACGAGUCGGAUACACAGAAAGAGAGGGAUACUGAAUUUUAUGAGAACUUUUCUAAAAGUUUCAGUUUUCAUCAUCGACUCCCGUCAAUAGAUCAAUUUGUACUUCCGUGUCAUUUGACUUGUUCCGCACAAGGAAGUCGAUUAUCCCAUUUUAAGAACUCUCUUUAUAGCAAAUCUUCUACCGCACAUAUCCCAACCAUUCCAAAACUUUGUCUUAAUUCUUCCCCUGCACAACAUGUACCGAAUGAAACAACUCUGCACAAGAAUGAAAAUGUGAAAAUUGAAUGUUUGGUGUCUUGUCAAGAAAAGAAUUCCGUGGAGGCUUCCACACAAACAACACUACACCACUGUCAAUGGAAUAACAAUAUUUUGCUUCAAGACGUUUUGGUGAAGAACCAUCAUCAAUUCCAACGCGAAACUGUAUGCCAGAUAACAACCAAUGGGUUUCAUGGUUCUCUUAUUUUGAAAGAAUGCGACUUUUUAGUACAGCGUAUCAACCAAAGUGUAGUGAGUGGAGGUUUUGAAAAAAGGAGGACACAAACUCACCAGUUGGCUAGUGAACAGAACAACGUAUUUAAGUCCGCCGAAUCAAAUAAUACAAAGUGUAGGCUUUCUUCAAAUCACUCGAAUAAUUCUAUUAGUGAAACCUCACUUUGCAAUGAUAUCUAUUCUCCUUUCCCUCGUACAAAAGUCAAUCAAACGUAUACACCCGCUAAAGUUACGCAAGAGUUCAAUUUUUUGUCAGAUAUAAAUCAAAAGAGUUCCGAUUAUUUCAAUAACAAUUCUAUUAAAGCGAAAGAUCAAUGCCUUCAUAUGAAUGUCACUCAAAGGUAUAAAGAUUUAUCAGAUGAGUUUCAUAAAAAUCAAAGAAAAAUAAAGUAUACAGCACCAUUUCAAAACAAAGUAACAGAUUUUUAUAAAAACGAAUUUUCUACAGUCGAGGCAGUCAAUUCAAAUUCAAAAAAUGUUGUUCAAAAGACUUCAUCUCGCGAUUUCCAUACUCAAAAUUAUAAUGCAUCGUAUAAAAAGUCUGAUACAACGUUCGAUUCAUCAAACGAACUUUUCAAGUCACGCACUACAACACUAUUGAAAAAUAGUCCACACGUGACUAAUAUACCGCUUGCGCCCCACAAAAUAUCUUGUCAAUCACAUCUCCCCGUUAAUAAUUAUCAUUCUCACAGGAAUUAUCACUUUCAACCACCUUGUAACAAGUCCUCUGCUUUAUUGGAUAUCAAUAAAAAAUCAUGUCGUUCGAAUCAUUUUUCCAAUUCUGCUUUAACUAAAAAUGGAAAAGAAAUAUCCAAUCCAGUAAAACCAACUUUAGGAAAACAGUGGAACCAUGCAGUUCAUCGCCAUUCAAAUUCAAAAUUUAUUUUUAAAUCAAAUGAGUGGAAACCUGCUAAAGCCUUAGAGUCUAAAAUUUUGCUAAAUGAGAAAUCUUUGAAUGCAAUAAAUUACAAUAUGGAGUUGACAUCACCUUUAUACUCAUCAACUUCGUACGCUGUGAAUCCUGUUCGAUAUGUAUCCAACAAAAUUUGAAGACUUGCGCUUGUUAACUCAGAGUCCUUAACAAGUAUAUUAUUUUGAUUUUAAUAAGUCAAUAUGUCCAUUCAAAUCAUUAAAAAAAUCUCUUUGUCUUCCUUUUGGAUUUUUUAUCUGCUGUAAUAAUUUUCAUUUAAAAAAAACAAAUGUUACUUGUUUUAAUCCAAUAAUAACAAGUAUCAAAGUGUACAUACGUUAUUUUUUGCUACGAUUUCAAUGUUUGUUUAUCUACCAUACCCCGCCCAUUCAAGAUGAUAUUUCACCACUAUAAAAUCAAUGUUGAUUUUUCAUGUUUUAACGUGAAUAUUUAAUUUGACUCUUACACAUUUCGUUAUAUGGGUGGCCUCUUUAGAUUAAACAUAAACACACGCUCACACAUCUCUUUAUGUCUGUCUUUGCAAAAAACUCAUAAGCGCCAUACCUGGC